AUGGAGAACACAGGAAUAAGCCAGGGUACAAAGCGAACGCGAACCAAUGUCAAACAGUCAAAGUUCGGCUGCCUGACUUGCAAGAAAAGAAGAGUCAAAUGCGAUGAGACAAAGCCAUCGUGUCGACGCUGUCUGUUCUCUAAGGUCUCAUGCCUUGGCUACCCAAUUGGGGCACCACCAGGUCCGUCACUGAGAGCAGCGGAAGCAGCACUUCUAUCUACCCGUACUCCCCCUCGCAGCCCGACGUCCUCUCUCGACCGUUAUGUCUAUCUCACCUGCACAGUUCUCACUCAAGGACCACGUCGCGCCAAGAGUCAAUCUGAGAUAUCAUUCUGGAGUUAUGCAGUACCACAGAUGAUCCAUUCAAUACCAGUCGUGCAAGCUGCGGCCGCUGCAUUCGGCGCUUCCUAUGAUGAGCAUAUGCUUAGAUCUUGGGAGAGAUUGGCAACGACACGACAUUACCAUCAAGCACUGAGGCUAGCUCAAAACGAAGUUUCGAAUCUUCGGCACGGGUUUUUGCCCUGUAUGGUCGCAUGUCUGCUUAUGGCUUUCACUGAGACUCUGCAGCAGCGAAGUGACAGGGGAUACAUGCACCUCCAAGGUGCUUUAGCAGUGAUGGCCGCACGCGGGAACAGUAGCGCAAACUCUUCGAUUGAUGAUGUUGGGCUAGCGACUUUGUUUGAGAAGCUCAAUCUCCAUUCAGUGACAUACGCUACUAGUUUUGACGUGCCAUUAACUGGCGAGUCAAACAAACCAAGUCCGGCCUUGAUGCCUCCAGAUCGAGCAUUAUACUCCAUACUACACGCCAGCUAUCGUUUUAUCUCAUCAGCAUUACCCUACAAAUACGCUCAUCCUUCUCAGAUCCCUUCCGAUCUAUUGAUUGAGCAGGGGAGAUGUCGAGGAAACCUGCAACAAUGGCUAUUAUCCAAUCAGCUCGACCUUCAAUACAGCAUCUCAGAUCCGCAGAACGAACAGCUAGUCGUCCUUCGAAUGCAAUGCUACGCCGCACUGAUAUACGUCUCCAAUACUCUUCAACCCUUCGAGACAGCUUUUGAUAGCUACGCUCUAGAAUUUCAAGAGAUCAUCGCAUCAGCCAAGGCAAUCCUUGACAUCCGAUCUAGCGACAAGUCUUCAAAUUCCUUGUCAAUGUUUACACCAGAAAUGGGCAUCAUUCAGCCUCUCUUCUUCGCGACGCUAAAGUACAGAAACUCAUUCUGGCGAAGACAAGCAUUGGAUCUCCUUAAGAAGAGUGGGAGAGAAGGUCCAUGGUGCGGUGCUAUCGAGGCUCAGAUACUAGAAGUUGUCAUCGCAGCUGAAGAGAACACGCUGGAUAGCUUGUCCUCCACCUUCAGCGAGUCUCACAUGGGUUCUCCCUCUACAGAUAUUCCUGAGAUUCAGAGAGUUCAUCUAUGUCUGGUGCAAGAUUACUUGGAUCGACGAUACGAAAGUAUAACCCUAGAUAAAGGCGCUGGAAGUCCAGCUCACUUCGCAAAAGUCCAACUAUGCAAAUGUCUAGAUCUAGGAGGCAUGCUGAGUGAUGAGACUAGAGGUCCAAGGAAGGACUUUUGGGCGGAUGGGAGGUAUUGGGAUACGUGGUAUAAGAAUGUGCUUCUGCCAGAGUAG